CCACCCUGUUCUUCCAUCUGCAGGGCCACUGCUGCAUCCCAGCUUACCGGCGAACUCGGCUCACCUCUCGCCAAUCAUUCUCUGUUUUCUGUUCAACCUCAACAACGCAAACUCUCUUCUGUCGACUCGACAACUGCGGGGGACCUGUCAGCCGCUUACCAGUGACAUCUGAACCCUGUGCAUCCCGCAAUGGCACCACAGACGACAUGUUAAGCGGCCACCAAACGUUAUCUUCUUGUUCACGGAAUAUCCAAUACCACGUUGUUCCCUGACUCGGACGGAUUGAUAGCUGGACCGUAGAGGACGCCGUCGCGCUUGACUUGAACUUUCAAUUGGUCACACCACAUCACGUUUCUCAUCUUGUCGCCACUACUCGCCAUCCCCCCAAUCACUCUCCCAUCGUCUGCGAGGGCCUUGGAACUUUCGUCAAUGACUCGGCAAUUCAGCGAAAGCAUGAUCACAACUACCGGCUUCAUUCAAUGGCGAACUCAAACGACAAUGCUGCCAACAGCUUCACAUUUGUAGAUUAUCAAAACACUCCGAACCACAGUGCGUCCCACCGACGCGCUGUGAAAUCUCAUAUCUCUAGCAAAUACAGAACAUCGGUUCGUCAGCAAAAACAGCCUCGCUAUGCACUACCGCAAAGAUCCCCUUUGGCUGCCAACGAAGCCGCCGGACGAGGCAGCGAGGGCAGUGAAGUUUCCUCCGUGGACCGGCGGCGGCUAAAGAGGUCACAAACGCAAUCUCCAGCAACACCGCAGACCCUUUCAUUCCUACAAACACCCUCUCCCUUGGAGAUGAAUUUCAAUGGCAUUCGCACCGAUCCCUUUGACGUCUUGCCGGGCCAACGCACCCCUUGCGUCAGAACGGCGCUCGACUACUAUACGCAGGUUUUGAGUCCAUUACACGAACCACUAUUGAUGGCCAUGAACACUGUCAACCCGAUGAUGACGUGGGUGUACCCAUUAAUUCUCAAUCAUGAAAGUGCAUUCCAUGGCGCUGUUGCACUGUCUCAAGCCUAUCUGGAGAAGCGCCAGAAUCCAAUCAUGCCAUUUUCUCGAGAAGUUGAUUUUCAUAGGCGCAAGGCCAUUGCCGUCUUAAGCGAGCAUCUCUCCAAGCAGGAUAAACGUCCAGAUGAACGACCAGAUGAUGCUACAUUGAUGACAGUACUGGCACUGGCGGCGCUUGACGUCCUUGAUGGAAGCGACAAUAUUGCACACCGGAAGGGCUUGGCCCUAGUGGUGGCCAGAAAGGGCGGUUUGGACAAACUUGGUUGCCGUGGAUUGGUCAAGGCCUAUCUGAUCCAAUUCGAUUAUUUCUGGAUGCUGGAAACGGGUGCACAGUCUAUAUUCCCGUUGGCUAAACGGAAACAAAACAGGAUAUAUCCUCAACAUCCGUUUGACUCAGACAUGCUGGAACUUAUUGGCACCCUUCCCGAUGGAUUCAAGUCACUGGCAUAUCAAGGAACCCUUGGCGUGGACGUGGUCGAGAUACUGUCUAGAGUGAACCGUUUCGCUCUGGCCAAGGAAAACAACCUACACCUUCCGUUAAUCAAUGAUCCCAUCCCAGAUGGACAAGACUAUCAAGACAUCUUCGACACGUGCUCAUGCCUCCACGCGUCAGCUUCCACGGUGCACAGUCUGGAGAAGAACAUCUGCCUUGCCAUCAUCCUUUUCUGCUUCGAUAUACACAGUCCGGCCGGCAUAUCGGCGAAGAUAACGCCUUACCGCGGAGCCCGACAGGAGCUGACCAGAUCCCUCCGAUUUACGCCUUGCCGGAACGCUGCCGAGAGGGCUUGCCUGAUAUGGAUCUGGAUGAUCGUGAUCGCAUCGUGGAAAUUGGACCACGACUUGAGUCACGAGAGCCUGUGGCUGUGCCAGACCUUCUUCGAGAAAUUCCCAGAAGCUAGGUCGUGGUCCGCAAUCAGCCAUGCCAUGCAGCAAUUCCUAUGGUAUGAACCCUUGAAGCAAGCGUGGCGGACCAGUUGGCGAGAAGCACUGAGCGAUCAUCAGCAGAUGCAGCAAAACCCUCGCUUUAUGGAAACUGGUGAAGAAAUCCAACGUAGCCCGUUGAGCUCGUCCGGCACGAAACAUUCCACCCGAGAGUCGACACCUGCAUCGGCAAGCUCCGGUGGCUUUGGUGAGGACUGGGCCCGGCCGAGAAGCUUACCGACCAGAACACGAGGGACCAGUCAGGCAACAGACCACAACAACGCAGCCGAAGACGGCACUCCAGGACCACCGAGGACGAAUGUUCCCUUGCCACCAAUGUUUACCCUUGAGACGUACCUGGGGGAAAUCCAAUGAAGAGUACGACACCGCCUGAUGCCGAGAGAUAUAUCUGUACUAGACCAAGAAAUGUCCAGCCCGAAAACAUCACGUCUUGAAAUCCUGUGUUACAACUUUUCGCUCGCCGGAGAGGCCCACAGAGAUUUCCCGAACUCCUAAGGGGGUCUGAUCAAAUCCGCAUCGUCCUUUAUUAUGUCAUGCACCCCCUGGAUAGGCGAACAUUCUGUCUCACAUGUGCUACAGACCACCCAAGGUCAAGUCAAUAUCGAGGACCACCAACAGACCUGUGUCAUCAGGACACACAAAAAGGCAUUGCACUGUUACCAAAUGACGCACACCCCCAAUUUUUGCCAUCUUUCUACCCUUGCGGAGCUGAAAAAGCUUUUUGUUCGCCCUAUAAUCGCAAGGCAUUCAGCAUAUCAUGGCAUUUACAUCUACAUUCUCAUGGCCCCGGUAUGGUGGCCUCGGAGAGUACACCGUCAUUGACACACAUUUUUUUUGACUGAGAUUUUGAAGAACGGAGACGGAUUUUUUUCUUUUCUGUUCUUUUGUCUUUUUUCCUGGUUUCUGGGACGAUGAAUGAAAUUAUACCGGACAUAUCCUCCGAGAGCAAUGACCUCUAACCGACAUGAUGAGACCUCCCCCCAAAAAGAUGUCAUUUUCAUUUUCAAUUGUAUGAUAGCGAGUAACCUCACGAUAUACUACUGUAAAAACGCUCUGGUCGUGAGUCCAACAGGUCACACAAGUUAUCUAGCUGGCUCUACUGCCUCGAGCAUUCUUGCU